GGUAACUGGAGGGGGUUGAAUCACUACAGCUCCUAACAGAGAAGGGGAUGGGAAGGGAGAGGAGGAGGCGUGAGGAGAGAUGGAAAUACCGGUGGGAAAGAAGGGUUACACAACCCCUAAACAUGUAUAUCAGGUACUCCUAAAGAAGGGUUACACAACCCCUAAACAUGUAUAUCAGGUACUCCUAAAGAAGGGUUACACAACCCCUAAACAUGUAUAUCAGGUACUCCUAAAGAAGGGUUACACAACCCCUAAACAUGUAUAUCAGGUACUCCUAAAGAAGGGUUACACAACCCCUAAACAUGUAUAUCAGGUACUCCUAAAGAAGGGUUACACAACCCCUAAACAUGUAUAUCAGGUACUCCUAAAGAAGGGUUACACAUCCCCUAAACAUGUAUAUCAGGUACUCCUAAAGAAGGGUUACACAACCCCUAAACAUGUAUAUCAGGUACUCCUAAAGAAGGGUUACACAUCCCCUAAACAUGUAUAUCAGGUACUCCUAAAGAAGGGUUACACAACCCCUAAACAUGUAUAUCAGGUACUCCUAAAGAAGGGUUACACAACCCCUAAACAUGUAUAUCAGGUACUCCUAAAGAAGGGUUACACAACCCCUAAACAUGUAUAUCAGGUACUCCUAAAGAAGGGUUACACAACCCCUAAACAUGUAUAUCAGGUACUCCUAAAGAAGGGUUACACAACCCCUAAACAUGUAUAUCAGGUACUCCUAAAGAAGGGUUACACAACCCCUAAACAUGUAUAUCAGGUACUCCUAAAGAAGGGUUACACAACCCCUAAACAUGUAUAUCAGGUACUCCUAAAGAAGGGUUACACAACCCCUAAACAUGUAUAUCAGGUACUCCUAAAGAAGGGUUACACAACCCCUAAACAUGUAUAUCAGGUACUCCUAAAGAAGGGUUACACAACCCCUAAACAUGUAUAUCAGGUACUCCUAAAGAAGGGUUACACAACCCCUAAACAUGUAUAUCAGGUACUCCUAAAGAAGGGUUACACAACCCCUAAACAUGUAUAUCAGGUACUCCUAAAGAAGGGUUACACAACCCCUAAACAUGUAUAUCAGGUACUCCUAAAGAAGGGUUACACAACCCCUAAACAUGUAUAUCAGGUACUCCUAAAGAAGGGUUACACAACCCCUAAACAUGUAUAUCAGGUACUCCUAAAGAAGGGUUACACAACCCCUAAACAUGUAUAUCAGGUACUCCUAAAGAAGGGUUACACAACCCCUAAACAUGUAUAUCAGGUACUCCUAAAGAAGGGUUACACAACCCCUAAACAUGUAUAUCAGGUACUCCUAAAGAAGGGUUACACAACCCCUAAACAUGUAUAUCAGGUACUCCUAAAGAAGGGUUACACAACCCCUAAACAUGUAUAUCAGGUACUCCUAAAGAAGGGUUACACAACCCCUAAACAUGUAUAUCAGGUACUCCUAAAGAAGGGUUACACAACCCCUAAACAUGUAUAUCAGGUACUCCUAAAGAAGGGUUACACAACCCCUAAACAUGUAUAUCAGGUACUCCUAAAGAAGUAGUACUUUACCUUCAACACAGGAAGCCCAACAUAAUUUGUAUGCUGUGAGUGUUCGCCGCUAAUGUGCAAAUUCACUCGACACAGU